AAUUUUUCUCUCAGUCGUCGGUGCACUAAACAAGUGACUCGUGAGUGCAGAUCCCAUUUCAUUAGAAAAAUCUUCUGCAAAAAUUGUCAAUUUCGGUCUGAAAACAGUGUAAAAAGCAGGCUAAGUGAUCGGGGAACAUUUUGCAAUAGUAUUCGAUUUAGUCGGAGCCCGACAGCGACAGCUACAAUGUCGGCUCAACAAUUUUCUCUCCGUUGGAACAACUAUACCAACUAUAUAACCGGAGCGUUCGAUUCACUCCGCUACGAGGAAGAUCUCGUAGAUGUAACGCUUUGCUGCGAGGGCCGAAAGAUUCGCGCCCACAAAAUUCUGCUGUCCGCAUGCAGCGCCUAUUUCAAAGAGAUUUUCAAAGAAAAUCCCUGCCAACACCCGGUUAUCAUAUUCAAGAAUGUAAAAUACACCGAUCUGAUGUCGAUCGUGGAAUUCAUGUACCAGGGCGAGGUUAGUGUGGUUCAAGAAUCACUACCCUCGUUCCUGCACACGGCUGAGCUGCUUUCCAUUCGUGGUCUAACCGACAACAGUGGUGACUCAAGACAGCAGCAAAACCCGCAACCAACAUCGUCGUUGGCUCAGCAGAUUAUUCAAACCCAGAAUCAGAGCUUGCUAGACAAGGCAACCAUCACGACGGCUGAGUCGGUGUAUCUGACGCUGCCGUCCAAUUCCACCAUCGUACAUCAACCUGCCAAACUGCUGCAGGCUCAAAUUCAAACAGCCCCGCAAAUACUGAACAAAACCAUCAUCAAAGCAACACCGGCGGAGAUUCCCGCGUUGGCUGCCGCGGGUGCUACCAUCACCGUCCCGAUUUCCCAACCACAGCAGCAGACGAUCGCUGCGAAAAUUCAAGUUCAACCCCAACAAACAACCGUGCAACAGCAGCAAAUUCAAAUACACCAACAACAGCAACAGCAAGUUCAAGUCCACCAGCAGCAACCGCAACAGCAACAACAACAACAGCAACAACAACAACAGCAACAGGUUCAAGCCACCACGCUGCAGGAAGUAGUGGAAAGUGUCGUCAGUCAGCCGAAGAAAAAGAAAAUUAAAGUACAACAGAUUAUCACAUCAACGCAAAAUCAACCGACAGGCGCAGGCGCAACGACCACAACCGUUGUAACGGCUCAACAAGUCCCGCAGGGAACUGCGGCAGCAUCGGGCGCUACGGAAAUCUACGAAACGUCAACGGAAACCUAUCACAUUACGGCAAAAGCGGAGUCGGACGAACAGCAGCGGGCACAGGAACAUGAACACGAAACAUACACAGAAGCCGCGGCACAAGCUAGCGGUGCGACACUCAAAAUGGAAAUCCCGGAAUACAUCGACUGCGGUGAGGCAAUCAAUGCUUCCGGUGCAAACAACACGACCUACAUUCAAGAGGAAAGCUACGAACUGGUUGGUGAAAACAUUGAAGACAAGGACGUGGAUGAUGAGGACAUGAAUCAGGACGGCAUUGAAAUGGAAGCUUCGGAUAUGGAUAUGAGUCGAAUUUUCCAAGGAGCAACCGACGAGCAAACCAAGGCCAAUAUACUGCAAGAUUCUGAUUCGAUGCGAUCCAAACAGCUACACACCUGCAGCGAGUGCCAUCGACAAUUCUGCUCAAUGAACGCAAUGAAACGACACAAACUGGCGAAACACGGCGACAACAAGGUAUCCUACAGCUGCAUCAUGUGCAACGCCGUCUUCAAAACCAAGUGGUCCCUGUCGACGCACAAGAGCAAAUAUCACCGGGAUAAGGUGAUGAUUAUACCGGUCAAAUCGGACAUUUCCACGGAAAGCUCACCGUCUACGCCGACCACGACCGUAGCCUCUGCAACACCGGUUACGCCGACUGGUACGACGGCGACGACGACGACAACGACUGGCUCGUUGACCGUGCGUAAAAUCGGCCAGCUCGCUCCUACCGCCACCCGGAAGACCAUUACGAUCAGUUCCGGCGGAACUCCAUGAGGUUUGCGAACUCCGGUUGUCGCCAGCGCACCGCGCAAGCAGCAGCAGCAGCAACCGGCCGAAGCAAACAAAGAGAAAGCCGAAUAAACGCAUCGGACUGUAACGCGCAUGAGUUAUCCUCACAGUAACAGGAGCAGCAGAGCAAGGAGCUGCGAAAAAAAUCUGAAUUCAGCGAACGGUUUGUUUUUAUAAUUGUUCUAUACUGUAUUACUGGCAUAGAUUUUGUUUUAAAAGAACAAAAUAUUUCAAUAUGCAAAACAGUUGUAUCUGAAAUGUCGAAUCCAUAACACUUGGGAGUCAAAUUCAUUUUUGACACACUUUUCGACUGUUGAUAAAUGAAAUAUUUUGAUACGAUUGGCUGGAGAAAAAACUCCCAUCUUCUCCAAGCCGGCAGAAUAUUAGCGAUAAGGAAAUGUUUUAAAUUGUAAAUUAAACUUGUCGUAGAGAAUCAACGUGAGUGUAGCAAAGCAAAAAAAACUAUUUCUUAUUUUAAGUCGAUACUAGGCAGUAAAUUGUUUAUAAGUAAAAAGCUUUUU